AUGCAGGGCGACAUGUGUGCCACGGAGCAAAAUUUGCGUGGAAGGACUGCAGGAUGGUAGAUCGAGACAUGCUUCCGAAAAUGUGCCUCUUAAGCUUCUUUUUAUUCUACAUAAUAACCACACAAAAUGUAUGUGUUGGUUUAAAAUUAUCUACUAACCGAUACGAGAUGUUUUUCAACGCCGAGAGUCGAAUUGUCGAUGGUCUUGAAAGAUACAUUCGGCAUGAAACCGAACGUCUCGAAAUCAUCAAAAAGUCGUCAGGUUAUGAAGAUGAAAUUCCCUUCGUGGAACAAAGGAUCGAGACACUGACGAGCUUUUACAAAGUAGCCAAGGCGAACGCCAGUGCUGUCAGUGACGACAUCCGGAGUCUUCGUAUACAACAUCCUACAUCCACACUUGUGGGCUUUAAGAACUUCGUCAUCAACUGGACCCCGUUUCUUCACAAUGAAACUCUGUAUGGAUAUAGAUUAUUGGAAUUCCUGAACGUGACAAUGAAGGAAAUCCCUGACCGCACUGACCUGGUCAACCACCUAGGCGACAUCAUCUAUGUCCACCUGUUUUACAAUCUGUCUGCUAGCGACAUCUUCGACGGUAACAUCAUGGGUCAAAAAGGUUCCCCUUUGACCGUAAUCGACGCUUAUGACCUUGCUCUGUUCGCCAAAGGAAACGACAAACCAAGAAUUGCUCUGCAGUGGUUCCAAGUCGCGUUGGAACAGUCCAAGAAGAUUGGUAACAAGACCGAAAUAAAUAUUCCAAUUUUGCUGACAGAGUUAGCCUUCUUACAUAGCCAGUUCGGGGAUUUCGAUAGAGCCAUCACACUCGCCGAAGAAGCUUAUGCUUUGAACGGUACCGACGACGUGGUGUACGGACGUUAUGUGCGGGUGUCGUCACAGAACGUGCUUCCCUAUUCUAACUUUGAAGACAACCCUCCCAAGUAUUGGAAGAACUUCACAGCAAUCUGCCAAGCCAACGCUACCUUCAAGCCGCCGUUGAAGUGGUUCCACCGGUGCCGUUACCGAUGCUCACCUGUUCCAUUCAAACGCUACCAGGAAGAGAUACUCAGCAUGACACCCUACGUCUCAGUGUUUUAUGACGUCAUCAGUGAUGACGUCAUCAAUGAUAUCAAAACGAAAACCGCCCGAAAUCUGACGAAAGCCACUAAUUAUUAUUACACCAAGCUUGAAGGCACCGAGAUCCUUGAGAACCACGGGUCGGCCCGAGUGCUGACGAAGAUUGCCGGCGACAUCAGCGGGGUCAAUGCCUCUUAUACCCCAGGCAGGGUGUCCAGCGGCGGUGCCCUCAGGGUUCUCAACUUUGGCCCGUGUGGAAUGGGGAAGCCGCACAACCACACCUCCAUGUAUGACCAUAGAAUGCUCCGAUCUGGAAAUAAAAUUGGAUUCGUUACAUUUUACCUGACGGAUGUGGAGAGCGGUGGAGCCACGGUCUUCCUGGACAUCGGACUCAGAUACCAGCCCAAGAAGGGGUCGGCGUUAUUGUGGUUCGCCGUCAAGCCCAACGGAGAGGACGACGUGAAGAUGAACAAAGCUGAAUGUCCCAUGGCUGUCGGCGACAAGUGGAUCGUAGAGAAGGACAUCCACAACCAUGAGAAUCAGGCCCCCCGUCCCUGCUCCACGAAGCUCAGGGGCAACCAGAUCGGCUUGGACAGAGCUGUCCACCGGUUCAGACACUGCCGGCUUUAGGUUCAGAUAUUGCUGGGUCUAGGGUUAUACAUUGUUGGCUGUUGUUCAGGCACUGCUGACUCUAGGCACUGCUGGGUCUAGGUUAAAACGCUGCUGGCUUUUGAUUCAGAUAUUGCUAGGUCUAGGUUCAGAUAUUGCUGACUCUAGGUUCAGACACUGCUGGCUCUAGGUUCAGAUAUUGCUGGGUCUAGGUUCAGACAGGACUGUCUCUAGGUUCAGACACUGCUGGAUGUAGGUUCAGAUAUUGUUAGAUGUAGGUUCAGAUAUUACUGGGUCUAGGUUCAGACACUGCUGGACGUAGGUUCAGACACUGCUGGAUGUAGGCUCAGACAGGACUGUCUCUAGGUUCAGACCCUGCUGGAUGUAGGUUCAGACACUGCUGGCUCAAAUAAUUUAGACAUUGUUCUCUGCAUUUAUAUUGAACUAAGACAGAUAAAUUUUGCUGGUUCUUAGAUAAUCUUUACGCCAUUCAUGAAUCUGUAUGUAGGUUGUCUUUCAAGUGUGAUUGGACUCCGACCAACUAGGUCAAGUCAAUCGAUCAAGUUUGACUCAUGUAAUUGAUAACAUACUGCUAACUCAAGUUAAUAAUGCAUUUCAACAGCAGUAAUGAUUGCACCAAAAACACAGAGAAACUUGCGCAUUCACACAUCGCACUAAUUACAACGAAACCUAGUUUGGACGAUGGAUGAGAGUCCCCCUUUAAAGGCGGGUAUUUCCCUGUCAGUUCACUAUAUCAUCACUCUUUGUAGCAAACGUACUUAACAAUGCACUUUGCGUCAUUACUUGGCGUGGGUGACCGACUCCCGUGUGUUGUAUAUGCAUACAUGUAUCAGCGAGCCCUACUUAAUCAUGAAGCCAUUUGCUAAUCAUACACAAAACGUGUUAUCAUCUCUGUGAUUUAUAAUAAAAUGAUGUA